UCAAAGAUAUUCUAUACCUUAAUUCAUCCUCAAUACAUUCGAUAUUAAAUUAUAUAUAUGUCACCUACUUUCAAUCAUAUUCAAACACACCUUUACAACACAAGCGCUCUUACCAUUAUUCCUUUUCAAGGCUUUUUUAUAACACAAGCGCUCAUCAUAAUUCCUUCCAACAACUAUAUUUUUAUAUUAUUCUUAUUAAAUACAUUAAUAUCUCUUUCCCCUACAAAUUCCAACCUCAUCAUCUCGAAUCCAUUAUCACAACAUGAUGGAAAAAUCCAAAAUUCCCGAUUCCACUCUACCAAACUUUCGACAAUCAGAAUGUGAAAAACCACCCAGUCCACUUACUUGUCAACAUGAUUCAUCCUCUACUUCUCAUAAAGGUUUAAUUACAUAUGAUGAUCUCCCAUCAUGGCAUCAAGAUAAUCCUUCAAUCUUUACCUCUUAUCGACCUAUCACUCACUCUCUUCGGGAUUCUCUCAAAACAUUCUUUACACUUCAUAACGAAAGCUUCAAUAUCCAUACUCAUUCUAUACCCUUUUUUACGUGUCUUCUCCUCACUGGACUUAUCUUUUACAUCUUUUCCAUACAUUUUCCCGAAAGUCCAUUGGUGGAUCGAUUUAUUUUUUCCAUCUUUUUUCUAACGACUAUGAUUUGUAUGGGGUUUAGUAUGGGAUAUCAUACGUUGAUGAAUCAUUCGAAAGGGGUAGCGGAGAUUUGGUUAAAGUUGGAUUUUGUGGGGAUUGUCCUGGCGAUUUUGGGAGAUUUUGUAACGGGAAUUUAUCUUGCAUUUUAUUGUGAGUGGAGGUUUCAAGUGGGAUAUUGGGUUAUGUCGUCAUCGUAUUCUGCUUUUACCAUCACCUCCCCUCUUUCUACUUCUCUUCUGCGUUCUUUUACUAUCAUAACUCUUACUUCCGCAACCCUCAUCCUUCUAUUACAUCCAAAUUUUCAAGGUCUUCGUUGGCGUACCUUUCGUGUAUGUAUUUUUAUAGGAACUGGAUGUUCGGCUUUUGCUCCUAUUAUUCAUGCCAUUGUUUAUUUUGGUUGGAAUCAAGUUGUUAAUGGAACCGGUAUGCCUUGGUAUCUUGGAGAAGGUGGAUUUCUUGUUCUUGGAGCAGUGGUUUAUAGUCUACGUAUACCCGAAUGUUAUUUUCCGGGUAAAUUCGAUAUAAUAGGUCAUUCACAUCAAAUUUUUCAUCUUCUAGUGGUGGCAGCAUCGGUAAUGCAUUUGGUGGGGCUAUUAAAAGCAUAUGAAUAUGAGUAUUAUUAUCCGAGAUGUGCGAUGAGGUAAUUUG